UAUUUUUCGUUUUCAUUCUGAUGUGAACAUCGAAACUACGGUACGAGAACCAAUGAAACAACCAGCAUUUUGAUUCUGUGCAGGUUGGAAAGUGCAAUACAAUAGUAGUAGACGAAACCGAAACAUUCGAAUCAUGGCACCGGCAGUAGCUACGAGACGACUUAGGAAAGAACUAAUCAACCUAAAGACCGAACCACCUCCGGGCAUCAUCGCAGAGCCGGACGAAUCCAACAUUCUAAAGUGGCAUUAUGCGAUUCGCGGACCUACGGAAACUCCUUAUGAAGGGGGAAUAUAUAUUGGGAAAAUAAUAUUCCCUCCUGAAUACCCAAUGGCAGCGCCAUCUGUCUACAUGCUCACGCCGAGCGGACGAUUCCAGAUCAGCACCAAAAUCUGCAUGUCCAUGACUGAUUUCCAUCCGGAAUCUUGGAACCCAAUGUGGAAAGUCGCCACAAUCAUCCAAGGCAUCCAAUCAUUCAUGGCCAGCGAUGAGCUGACAACAGGAGGACUCAGGGCGUCAGAAAAAGACCGAAAGACAUUUGCAAAGCUGUCGAUGAAUUACAACCAGAAGCAUUAUCCAAAGCUUUUUGAGGGCGAUAUUGAAGCUGCACUGGAGGCGGCGGAUCAAGCGUGCGGUAAAGCAGAAAUGGAAAACGCUAAAACUAGUUGCUCUGCCAGCAACGACCAAAAAGCCUCUUCCUCGAGACGCAGUCGUAGAAUGGCGAGGAAGGCCGCAUCCAGUGGCGGCGGAAACUUCUCCCAAGAUGACGAAAAUGCAUCCAGCCAAGACAAUGGCGACGACAACAAUCAAACGGACAACAACGAUGCUCCUUCAACUACGACAGAGAAAGAAUUGACCCCGGAAGAAAUUGAAAAGCGAAGAAAGAAAAACGCGAAAAAAAGAGCCAAGCAAAAAGCCAAGAAGGCCGCAGCGGUGACACAGGAAAAAGGCACCGAGCCAUAAUGCUCUGCCGUCGUCGCCAGUAAAUUCCAUAGAGUCUG